CCUGGGUCAGAAGAAGGCGGCUGUUGCUGCAGCUUCCAAUACAUGCCCAGUGGUCCAAAGGCACCCCCCUCCCUGUUCAGGGGGCAGAGCAGCACCAACCCAUGCAAACCCCAGGAGGGGAGAGCAAACCCGGUUCCUCUAGCCAUCAACCUGGGAAAGUGGGCUCUUUCCAGGGAUGUGGAAAGGAAGGCUCAGUCAAGUUGCACCCACUGCUCCUCUUAGUCAAGUGAGCCCGAAUCCUAUUGGGUUCCAAUGGAGCCCGUUCCCCUGCUUCUGCUUUGGGGAAGCCUCCAAGCAGGGCAAGUAGGCAAUGAGCCUUCCCCUGUGGUGCUUCCCCCGAAAUCCCUUCUUUGGAGGUAUGCUGCUCCUGGGGAUAGGCAGCCAGAAGUGAGACCUCGCCUCCAUCAACUUGCUGCCCAGGUCUUUUCCUAAGACGUCUGUCUUCUUGUCCCUCUGGUGGAGAGAAUAGCAAGGAAGCUUCCAGACUUGAAGGCAUAUUUGGGGUGUGCAGCAUGGCACCGACCCUGGGUGCCAUGCUGGGGAACACUGCUUUAGAUGAAUCCCACUGAUCCCUGCCCCGUGGCUCAGAUUGGAGGAUGAUUGUUAUUUCAGAGGUAGUCCACCUCCACAGCAACACCCAGUGACUGACACCAUGCAGGAAAACUAUGAGAAUGUGAUUUCACUGGCAGAGGAAAUUGCUAUCAGUUGGCCUCGGAUAACUGCGUUUGCUGAGUCUCACAGAAGCAGAGGACUAAUGCCUGAUAUGGAGUCUGAACAGGGCCAAGCGGAACAAGCCCACAUCCAAGACUCCAAUGUAGGCGGCCUAAGUGAAAGCGGGAUGAAUGCUGACCUCCGCCGGCAGCUGGGGCUCAUCCUGCAGACCGCAGGCCGGAGCCAAGUGGAGAAGAUGCUGCGGGAGCUGGUGAAGGAGCAGAGCCAGGAGGAGAAGCACAAAGUCCAGAAGAAGGAGGUGCCCAAGAGCCACAAGGAUGAAGCUGCUGAGGAGAUUGAAGAGGAGCUGCAGUUGGAAGAGGACAGGGCAGAGGCGGUGGAAUCUCCAUCAGGGCGACCAGACAGCCCAGAUGAGGGGGAUGCCAGUGGUAGCCAGUGCCAGCUUGAGCUACCAGAAGACCAGCCAACACAAAGCCCAGGAGCACAAGGCCAGAGGGAAGGGAAGGCACCUAAGAGGCUAAAAGAGAAGUGUGUGGGCCAGGUGGAAAGGUCUAGUGUGUGCACUGAGUGUGGAAAGAAGACCUGGAGUGGUCCUGGGCGAGGCCAUAGUGUACCCACGCCAGAGAGGCCCCACCAGUGCCCCGAGUGCGGACGCUGCUUCCGGCAACGCUCCAUCCUGGCCAAGCACCAAAAGAUCCACACAGGGGAGAAGCCCUACCUGUGCAUGGCUUGUGGGAAGAGAUUCAACCGAAGCUCAAACCUGGCGCAGCACCAGCGGGUGCACACUGGUGAGCGUCCCUUCCCUUGUUCAGACUGUGGCAAGGCUUUCACCCAGAAGUCUGACCUGGAGCGGCACCAGCGGGUGCACACGGGAGAACGCCCCUACGCCUGCCAGGACUGUGGCAAGAGUUUCUCGGUCAGCUCCCACCUUGAUCGCCACAGGCGAACUCAUCAGCACAGUCACCCAGAGGAACCCCUGGCAGCCAGCUUAGCCCCAGUGAUUGCCCACCGCUGUCCUGAUUGUGGGAAGUGUUUUGGACAGCGCUCUGCACUCUCAAAGCAUCGCAAGAUCCACUCUGGGGAGCGUCCUUACCCAUGUGAUGCUUGUGGCAAGCGUUUCAGCCGCAGCUCUAAUCUUGCGCAGCACCAGCGCAUUCAUACAGGGGAGCGUCCCUUCCCCUGCAGUGACUGUGGGAAGCGGUUCAUCCAACGCUCCGAUCUGGAGCGGCAUCAGCGAAUCCACACAGGUGAACGCCCCUACACAUGUGCUCAGUGCGGCCGGGGCUUCUCGGUCAGUUCGCACCUUGACCGGCACCAGAGAGUCCACCAAGCCCAGGCUGCAGCAGCUGCUGCCCAUCGUUGCCCUGAACACAUCAAGGGCUUUCUUCUCAGCACAGGGAGCAAGCAAGUUCUUAAGCACCAGCUGUAUAGUGGCAAGGGGCGCCUGACUCGUAGUGGCCACUGCUUGGACUGUGGCAAGAUCCUGGGGAAAAUCCCACUUCAGCUGGUGGUCCCGCCAGUAGAGAAGCCCUUUAAGUGUGACAGUUGUGGGAAGGCUUUUGCCCAGCGUUCAGCCUUGGGAAAGCACCAGCGCAUCCAUACUGGGGAGAAGCCUUUUUCCUGCACAGACUGUGGAAAGGCCUUCAUCCAGAAAUCGGACUUGACCAUCCACCGGCGCAUGCACACUGGGGAGAAACCAUACCGCUGUGACACCUGUGGGAAGUGCUUUAGUGUCAGCUCUAACUUGCUGACCCACCAGCGCACCCACCUGGGUGAGAAGCCCUAUGCCUGCGGGGAGUGUGGCAAGGCUUUCAUCCAGCGCUCAGAGCUUACCAUCCACCAGCGCACCCACACUGGGGAGAAACCCUACAAGUGCAGUGUCUGUGGCAAGUGCUUCAGCCGCAGUUCUCACCUUAACCGUCACCAGCGCACUCACGGCAAUGACAAGGCUGCCAUUGGCUCUGGGGCAGCCCCUACAGCAUUGCUUUCCAGUCCUACCACCAAACUUGUCAGCUCCCUCCCUGCAUCUGCAUUCUCAGCUUCUUUCACCUCAUCCAGCCCUCUUCCUACCUUGCCUUCCUUCCCCUCUUCUCCAUCAUCCUUGCACAUCCCUUCUUUAGACCUUCCCUGGUCCCUGCCCUUUCCAUCACGUGGCUUUUCCCAUUCAGUUUUCCCCACUGUCCACAGUGGAGUCCAGACUUCUCUAAUAAACUAGUAUCUUCCUUCCCAGUGAAUUCUCUAAAUGUAUCCCAAUUGUCCCUUUUCAUUCUUGUUCCCUUUUUAACAAGUCCUGCCAUAUUUGCCCUUCUAGCCUUUGGCUGUGAUUUGCCUCAAUCACUUAGGUCAAAUUUACGGGAGAUUAUUUAUUUAUUUACAGUAUUUAUAUUCUGCCCUUCUCACCCCGAAGGGGACUCAGAACAGAUCACAAUGGCAAACAUUCAAUGCCAUUUUAGACAUACAAGACAGACAGACAGAUAGAGGUAUUUCUGCAUUUUUCAACUUUGGUGCCUGGAGGUUAUGCUUGAUUCUGGCCAUAGGGGGGUACUCUCGUUUUUUCUGUUGAGACGACGAGCCCUUUUUGAUUGUAGAAUUCCCCUCCUUGUUCUUUGAUUGCCUGCAUUUUAUGGUGUAGUAAAAUACCUCUCCGCUAAAGUGGUGCCGAAUUUCUCUACUCACAGCUCAGCUGUUUUCAAACUGCUUAGGUGGACAGUGAACUUAGGCUGGUGGUCAGGUGCUCAAUCCGACUCGGGGUUCGAACUUGCCAUCUUUUGGUCAGCAGUGAUCUAUUGCUGCUGGCGAUUAACCAGCUGUGCUACAGCCCGGACGAAGAUGCUCCCUUGGUAAGCAUGAAGUACCAUAAGCAAUCUUUUAUCUCAUUGAUUGAUAUUUCAGCCCAUACAGUUAUUGAGGGAUGGGGCUGCAGAGUCCAGUUGGAGCCCGAUGGUUGAGUUCCACCAUUCUGGGGCCCUCAAGAGGUGUUGGACUGCAACACUCAUGGUCCCCAGUUAGCAUGGUCUGUGGAUGUCCUGUGUGGGGAUUAUGUGCAUUGCAGUCUGACACAUUCUGAGGAUCUGACAUCAGUAGCGGGCUUCGCCUUGAUGGCCUGGGAGGCCCCAAUGAAAUAAUGGACUCUAUACUGUAGGGUCUUCAAAAUGUUGUUGCCGCUGCAACUCCCAUGACUCUUCCUCACUGGCCAUGCUGGUUGCAAUUUCACUUUAACAUCUAGACAUAGGUCUUUCAUCUCUGCUCUUCUCUCACCACACUCUUCUUUGAUCUUCUUAUUCCUCUCAUUCCCAAGAAUGCUUUGACGUAGAUAAGAUUUCCAAUCUCUCCUAAGAACACCAUCUGCACUUUGGGCUGGCACUGGGAAGGGAAAUGAGAGCAGAUCAAACUGGCAAAACACCACUUAAAAAUCAUAAUGUAGACAUGGUCUUAAUUAAUAUUUCUAGCUUUGUAGCCCCAGCUGUCCUAAUUCAUUUUUUGCCAUCCCACUUUUGCGCGGUCUUUAAAAUGACCCCAUUUCUUUCUCCUCUUCAUACUUUCAUCCUCUUACUUCAAUUGCAGGAAACUGACGACCUCAUCACACAACGAAUUAUUAGCAUCCUAUCAUGUUUCUGUCCCAGUUGAGUGACGUAGCGCCAUGCUGCCCAUCACACAAUGUAGCCCAACCUCUGGUGGGGCUCUGUGGCUCAACUGGGGUGGCAGCAUAGUAGGACAGUGUGCCAACACAGGAACCUCCCUGUGUUCCAUUUGGAACAAUGGGGCUACAAUUGGGACAAGCUGCGCAACCACACUUCCCUACAUGUGA